AUGACUUCAUCCCCUCUCUGCAGGGGUUUCUUCAGGAUUAUAGCUCCAAGGUUCAAUGCCGAUCAGCUGUCCAUGAGCAACCCUGAUGCGGCUCUGACAGAGGCCCCCUUUGUGGAUGAUCACGAUCUUAUCACUGCAACAAUACAGGCUGUCCUGCCUCGCCCAUCUGUGAGUAAGGACUUCAUUUACAGGGAUUUUGCCGCUCUGGAUCUUGAUGUGCUAUUGUCGCAGCGUUCCAGGAGUGACUGGUCGGUGUUCGAUGGCCUGUCGUCUCCAGACGAAAUGACUGCAUGUCUGGGCGGUAAUCUUGGAGUCGCCAUGGACGCUGCUGUCCCGCUCAAGACGGUAAGAAAGUCCUCGAAGCGCAAGCCGUGGUUUACUGAUGGGAUCAUUGCUCUUGUAGCGAAGAGAGAUCGCCUGUACCGUAUGUACAAACGUACUCACUCUCGUCAGGCACUCUUAACCUAUCGCACGGCUCGUGAUCGUGCUCAUCGUGAGGUUGAGGCGGCACGUCAACUUUUCUUCCAGCGAAGGCUGGAGCCUCUCUCUGACCCUUCGCUUAUCUGGAAGGAGCUCAGAAGGCUUGGUGUGGUGACUGGGAAUGACUCAACACCCGAUUUCGAUCCUGACGUCUUGAAUUGUUGCUUUGCUGGAGUGUCCUUUGACGAGACAGAGCCUUCGCUGGAUGGGUUCUUGGCCUCGGCUGAGCUAGGGGCCAUCCCUCCCGCCGUGGGUUUCUCCUUCAGGCCAGUCACUGCUGAUAAGGUACAGAAGGCUGUUCGGCACUUCUCUACCGAAGCUAAAGGGACUGAUGGGGUUCCCAGAUCGGUGGUUGUGGCUGCCCUGCCGAUUCUAACACCUUAUCUAGUGAUGCUCUUUCACAUCUCUUUCGCUCGGUCCUGCUUUCCCUCUGAAUGGAGGAGGUCCCUUAUUGUUGCGCUUGGCAAGGUGAAAAACCCUGUGUCACCUAAUGACUUCAGGCCAAUUGCCUUGCUCUGUUUCCUCUCCAAGGUGCUGGAGAAACUUGCUUCCCAGCAAAUCUCCGGCUUCCUUGCUGAGCGCUUCAUUCUGGACUCCCUGCAGACGGGUUCUCGUCCAUUCAGUGGGAUGCAGACGGCACUAUUGAAACUGACAGACAUUAGGACGGGUAUUGACAGACAGCAGCUGACGAUGCUGCUGUUAUUCGAUUUCAGCAAGGCGUUCGAUUGCGUUUGUCACGUGUUGCCGUUGCGGAAGCUGUUAGGCUAUGGCUUCUCAGCUUCUUCAGUGAGGUGGCUUGCAUCAUAUUUGGGUGGUCGUUCGCAGGCUACACUAGGCUGGGCGAGUGGUUCUUUAUCCUUCUGUCAUCUGAACAGGGGAGUUCCGCAAGGAUUUGUUCUAGGUCCUCUGUUAUUCCUCCUGUUCAUUAAUGAUGCUGGUGUAAACUUAGGGCCUGGAGUUCGGCAUCUGAUAUAUGCUGAUGAUCUCCAGAUUUACCUGACCUUUCCACGUGAGGAGAUAGAGGAUGCCAUUCGCCGUAUGAGCAACGCUGCUAACCGUGUGACAGACUGGGCUAAUGCAAAUCGGCUGAAGCUGAAUGUGGCGAAGACGAAAGUCAUCAUUUUUGGCUCUAAUGUCUUCGUUAACGAUGUCUAUUCCUUGCCCGGUUUGUCUGUCAACGUUGGUGGCUCUGCAAUUCUGUUUGAUACUUCCGUGCGCAGCCUGGGAGUGGUUCUGGAUAACAAGCUCUCUUGGAAGGGACAUGUGGCGCAUGUGACGCAGAGGGUUCACUCUGUUAUGUACCGCCUUCGGUUCUUUAAAGCCAGUACCACUCUGGGUCUGCGUAAACACCUCAUUCAGGCUUUGGUGUUCUCCCUGAUCGACUACUGCCGUCUCGUGUAUGAUGGUCUGUCUGGUGUACUUGCUACUAUGAUUCAGCGUCUCAUCAAUAUGACGUUGACAAAAGAGUCUCAGAUAAUGGCAUCGAACGACACCGGGACGAACUUCCGGAGUUUUGGUAUUGUCAAAUUGAAUCUCAACAAUUACCAGACAUGGAAGUUCAGGGUGGAAAUGUUGCUGAUGAAGGAGGAUCUCUGGGAGGUGGUGUCAAUAGUUCCAGUGACAGGUGAUACUCAGAAUGCAGCAUGGCUAAAACGAGAUGCAAAGGCCCGGGUUUGA